AUGUCGGUCGAAGUGAUUACAACAAUCUCUCCUACCACAGGCGAGCCUAUCCUCACCCGGAAUGGCGCUUCACCUGCAGACUUGGAAUUGCUCCCCAAAAUUGCCAGUGAAGCAUUCCAGAGCUUCCGGCAGACCUCUCUCAAGGAGCGCCAGGAGAUUGUCAAGAAAUUCUUCAAGCUUCUCCUCGACCAUGAAGCAGAGCUUGCGGAGGAGCUGACGGUACAGAUGGGCCGCCCCAUCGCGUACACCGGCAAAGAAGUGACCACUGCCGUCAAGCGCGGCGAGUACCUGCUCAAAAUAAGUGACGAGGUGCUCAAGGAUACAGACGGAGAGCCGGAGAAAGGUUUCAAGCGCUUUAUUCGCAAGUGCCCAGUUGGUCCGGUCCUCAUCAUCUCCACCUGGAAUUACCCUUAUCUGGUUCUUAUUAAUUCUCUGAUCCCAGCCAUCCUGGCCGGCAACAGUGUGAUCAUCAAGCCAUCACCCCAGACGCCGACCAUUGUGGAGCAGGUAGCCAAGUUCUUUACCGAGGCGGGCCUCCCAUCUUGUGUCUUGCAGUAUUUCCACAGCGGAUCCCCUACCACGAUGGAGACUAUUGUCCGCGACCCGAGAGUGGCUUUGGUGUGCUUUACGGGUUCUGUUGCGGGCGGUCUGGCUGUACAGAAGGCUGCGUCCGACCGAGUGGUGCAAGUCGGCCUCGAGCUGGGUGGCAAGGACCCAGCUUAUGUCAGAGCGGAUGUUGAUAUUCCAUGGGCCGCCGAGGAGAUUGUGGAUGGUGCCGUUUUCAACUCGGGCCAGAGCUGCUGCUCCCUGGAAAGAAUCUACGUAGACGAGAAGAUCCACGACCAAUUUGUCGAGGCGGUCCAAAAGGUGCUCUCGGGAUAUAAGCUUGGCGAUCCUUUCGAUAAGAAGACCCAUGUUGGGCCGGUUAUUUCGAAGAGAUCGAAGGAGACGAUCGAGGCGCACAUCAAGGAUGCCUUAGACAAAGGUGCAAAAGACGCCACACCGGAAAAUGAGAGCUUCAGCAACCUGCCUCAAAAGGGCAACUUUGUGAAACCCACUCUACUUAUCAAUGCUAACCACUCGAUGAGAGUCAUGACAGAAGAGACAUUCGGGCCUGUGAUCCCCGUGGUAAAGGUAAAGAGCGACGAGGAGGCAGUUGCGCAAAUGAACGACAGCGAGUUUGGUCUGACCGCCAGCAUCUGGACCAAGGACACGGACAAGGGAUAUCAGUUGGCGGAGGCUGUGGAGGCUGGUACUGUAUUUGUCAACCGAUGUGACUUCCCAAGCCCGGAUCUUGCAUGGGUUGGAUGGAAAAAUUCAGGCAAGGGACAGACACUGGGCAAAUUUGGCUUCGAACAAUUUGUCAAGUCAAAGAGUUUCCACAUUAAGGAUCAUCCAAAAUAG